AUGCUAUCAUCGCUCACCUCCGGCGCCACCAACGUUCGCCAGACGAUGGCGCAGGUGCUAAACUUUGCCCUUGUCUUAUCCACAGCCUUCAUGCUAUGGAAGGGACUAUCGGUAUUCAGUGCCUCAUCUAGCCCAAUUGUUGUGGUUUUGAGUGGCAGCAUGGAGCCCGCUUUCCAGCGUGGCGACCUGCUGUUUUUGUGGAAUAGAAGUCCUCGAACGGAGGUUGGAGAGGUCGUUGUGUAUAACGUGAGAGGAAAGGACAUCCCCAUCGUCCACCGUGUCUCUCGAACCUUUCCGGAAUUGGAGCCCAAGGGGAACAAAGUGAAGGAAAUCACAGUUGACUCGACACCGGGCUCUCAUAUGCUUUUGACCAAGGGCGAUAACAACUUGGCCGAUGACACUGAACUGUAUGCAAAGGGCCAGGAUCACCUGAACCGCGACGAGGACAUCGUUGGAAGUGUGAGGGGCUAUAUCCCGAUGGUUGGAUAUGUCACAAUUAUGUUAUCGGAACACCCCUGGAUGAAGACCGUUCUAUUGGGUUGUAUGGGAUUGAUGGUCAUGCUGCAGCGGGAAUAA